GUGGGCCUAAAUCAUUUAGUCUCGCACCGCUCGGCCCCUCUGCUAUAAUAACCCCAAGGGCCCUAGGGUUUUGCCUCCUCUCUUCACUACGCCCUCCUCGCGCCGCCGUCGCCGUCGCCAGCAGCCGGAGAAAGCAUGGAUACCCAGGUUAAGCUUGCCGUUGUGGUCAAGGUGAUGGGCCGCACCGGCUCAAGGGGUCAGGUGACCCAGGUCAGAGUAAAGUUCCUGGACGAUCAGAACCGCCUGAUCAUGAGGAACGUCAAGGGCCCUGUCCGUGAGGGCGACAUCCUCACCCUGCUCGAGUCCGAGAGAGAGGCUAGGAGACUGCGCUGAAGCAGCAGUUUUGGUCUGUUACUAGCUGAAUUGAAGUGCACUUAUGUUGUGAGACAUGGUUAUGCUCUAUCACCUUGGGUAACAUGAAUUUCUUGGAUGAAUGCUGUGUUCAUCCUAUUUCAAUGUGACUGCAAAUCCGAACCUUUGUGUGCUUGUCACCCGUUGUCAAAUAAAGAAAGAAAGUUGGUUUCUUGC